AUGUCUUGUGCAAGGGAAAGUGGCGAAGAAGGUUUCGAGGGAAUCUCGAAAAACUGCAUGGCUACAAUGGACCGCCAAUAUGAUCCAGAUAUUACCGCGCAUGUUUGGAACAUUUGGUGGCUUUAUCAAAACCCACCUAGACUGGCCAUGGAUGGGGCGUGGUGCCACCUCUUUGGUUAUGACCAAGGUGUUAUGGGGGGUCUCCUGACCCUCGGAAGCUGGGUCAAACAGUUCCCAGAAAUCGAUGCGGUAAACAACCAAAACAGCCCUGACUACAACCAUAUCUCCGUCAUCCAAGGCAUUACUGUGUCGAGUUAUAACAUCGGUUGUUUCAUCGGAGCUGUUAUUACCAUCUUUAUCGGAGACAUACUGGGAAGAAGGAAGAUGAUUUUCGUCGGCUCAGCAAUCAUGGUCGUUGGCGCUACGCUGCAAGCAUCUGCCUACCACCUGCCUCAUCUGAUCGUUGGGAGAAUCAUUACCGGCUUUGGAAACGGCAUGAAUACCUCUACUGUGCCAACCUGGGCUUCAGAGACCUCAAAGUCUCAUAAGCGUGGAAAGAUGGUCAUGAUUGAGGGCGCUAUGAUUACUGGCGGUAUCUGCCUCAGUUACUGGGUGGACUUUGCAUUCUCUUUCCUAGAACCCAGCCCCGUCUCGUGGCGAUUCCCUCUUGCCCUGCAGAUUCUCUUUGCUCUUAUUCUCCUUCUAUUCAUUCUAGAAUUGCCUGAAUCCCCCAGAUGGCUCAUCCUCAAGGGCGACGAAGCCGAAGCUCUUUCCGUCAUCUCAGCCUUGGAGGACAAGCCUGAGGACGACCUGGUCGUUCGAACCGAGUUCACGGAAAUCAAGGAUUCGGUACUUGAGGCGAAGGCUUAUGGGUGGGCCGACCUAUUCAGCAUGGGCCCAGACAGGAACUUCCACCGGGUCGUCCUUGGAUACGUCAACCAGGUUUUCCAACAGAUCAGUGGGAUCAAUCUCAUCACGUACUACGCCCCCACCAUUUACAAGCAGUAUAUGGGAUUGGAAGGUCUUACCCCCAGCAUCUUGGCCGCUUGCAACGGAACGGAGUAUUUCAUCGCAUCUUGGUUCGCAGUCUACACCAUCGAGAAGUUUGGACGACGCACACUCAUGCUUGUCGGCGCUGCAGGCAUGUCAGGAUCCAUGGCCAUCUUGGCUGGCAUGAACUACAUGUCGCAAAGUGAUUUGGGUGGCUCAGCUCCUGGUAUCGUGUCGGCCCUCUUCCUCUUCGUCUUCAACACCUUCUUUGCUGUCGGCUGGCUUGGCAUGACUUGGCUCUACCCCGCCGAAAUCGUCCCUCUUAAGAUUCGUGCACCAGCCAACGGUCUCUCGACCUCGGCGAAUUGGAUCUUUAAUUUCAUGGUCGUUAUGAUAACGCCAGUAGCGUUCAGCUCUAUCGGUUACAAAACAUAUGUUAUAUUUGCCGUGAUUAACGCUUUUAUCUUCCCGGUCGUCUAUUUCUUCUAUCCCGAGACCGCAUACCGCUCCCUGGAGGAGAUUGAUGAUAUCUUCCGGAAGACGAAGAAGGGCUGGAGGGCUUGGUUAGAUGUUGUAUCCGUGGCCAGAAACGAGCCCCUCAGAUACGGCAAGAACGGCGAGUUGUUGAUCGAUUAUACCAACACGGACGAUCAUGUGAGGAAGAUUGAGAGCAGGGCUGGUACGAAUGAGAAGGGACAAGACGCGGGGGUUGAGCACGUCAAUCAAAAUGGCGUUGGCAGCGUUUCAAGCAGUGAUCCCGAGAAGGCUUCAGGUGACAAUGUGUAA